AUGUUAUGCUUUGAAAAGCUAAACGAGGAGUCAAAUGCCUCCUUGAAUCCCUCCCCAACAAAAAUCUCGGCAGUCAAUUUGGCAUCCUUCAAUUUGAAGAAGAGUGAGAAGUUCAAACGCCUGUUGGAGUUGAUUCUGGCCUUCGGAAACUACAUGAAUAGUUGUCGUCGUGGUGUGGCCUAUGGAUUCCGGUUGCAGAGUCUUGAAAUUAUCGAUAGUGGAGUUAACUUGAUUCACUCCAGUCGUGUUACGACUGAAUGCUUCUACGUUGUGACAAAAUUGGUUUCACGAAAGGCGUUUGCCACUACUAUUCUCUUCUCUACUACAAAGAUAUUGAAAAGUCUCAAUCUUAUUCCCCACCUCCUUUGUCGCAUGAAACUUCUACUCGAUACGAAAACACCGGACAAGCAGACAACCCUUCUGCACUUCCUUGUGGAGACCGUGGAAGAGAAGUUUCCUGAGUUGGCGAACUUUUACGAUGAGUUGGAUGGUAUUACUGCUGCCUCAAGGGGUGAGUUAAUUGAUGCGAAAGCAACAUAG